CUCAUUCAGCACACCAACAGACAACGGGAGACACAGCGUCAUCGGUCUUCUUCUUCUUCCAGUGCAGACGCAGACAUUAUUCCGCCUACCAUCAAGGGACAAAAGAAAUGCCAUGUCGUCCAGCAAUCAGUUCUCAAUCCCUCGGUCGUGCGUGUGAGCAUACCCUGUUCCCCAAAAUCAAGGCAGCAUCCGAAGCAGGCUUCGAAGGAAUUGAAACCUUCUACGAAGACUUGGCGUAUCUGGCAGAUGUCUAUACUCAAGAACGACUGGAAGACCAUGGCGCUACAGAGAAGACGACCGAAGCUCACGCCAGCGAGCUGAGUGAAGGCGAUCUGCUACGAGCUGCUCAGGACGUGAGAGAUUGGUGUACACAAUUCCACCUAGAGAUCAUCGCUUUACAACCUUUUCAGACCUACGAAGCCUUGAAAUUCACUUCUGCACAUGGUGAAAAAUUGAUGCUUCGUCUCUGGCUACCUCUGUGCCACAAGUUACAGACACAAAUAAUACUGCUUCCUUCGAGCCCAUUGCCUCCCACGCAGCUCAGCGAAGAAGCCAUCAGCACGACUCUCUGCAAAGCAGCUGAUCUUGACGCAACCGAGCGACCACCAGUAAAGCUCGCAUACGAGGCACUAGCCUGGGGCACACUCGUCGAUAAAUGGGACUAUUUCUGGAAGGAGGUGCAACAAGCCAACAGAGAGAAUUUGGGAAUAUGUAUCGACACAUUCAACUUGGCUGGUCGCGUUUACGCCGAUCCUACCUCUCCCGACAGACGUCUUUUCCCCGACGAGCAGGAAAUCGAAUACUCCUUGGACGUGCUGAAGAAAGAUUUGGACAUGAGCCAGGCCUUCUACGUACAAAUCGUGAAUGCCGAGGAUAUGGAGCGUCCGAUUGUGCAAGUUCAUGCUUGGUACAAAAAAGAACAACCUGCGAGAGUGACUUGGAGUAGAAAUGCUAGACUGUUCGCUUAUGAGGAAGGCGUGUAUUUUCCUGUGAGAAGGAUCAUGGAAGUGCUAAUAAAGGACUGCAAAUAUGAAGGAUGGGUGAGUAUAGAGCUUUUCAAUAUGGGUUUGGUCGACUCGAGCUCGAGUGUGCCGAGAGAAUAUGCGGAGAGAGGUAUGGAGAGUUGGAAGAGGCUGGAGGAGGAUUUUGGCCUCUGA